AUGAAGUACUUCACAGCACUACCUUUGGCCGCUGCCUUGGCCGCCGCCGAGAUGCAGGUCAUGUCACUUGCUCCCGCGGCUCCAGCCGACGCUAAGAUUCACCACGUCGUUGUUGGCGGAGCCCAACCCGGUGCGGGAGGCAUGAUGGUGCCCAAGCUCGAAUACACGCCCGACACCAUCGUGGCGGCCGUCGGCGACAUGGUCGUUUUCCAGUUCAUGGCCAAGAACCACACGGUCACGCAGUCAGCCUUUGCAGAGCCUUGCAAGAAGAUCGACGGAGGAAUGGACUCUGGUUUCAUGCCCAACCCGGACAGCAAGCCCGGCGUCACGUGGAACAUGACGGUUAAGACGACGGAGCCAACCUGGUUCUACUGCAAGCAAAAACAGGGCGAGCACUGCGGCAAGGGCAUGGUCUUCUCCAUUAACCCUGCGACAACGGGCAACAAGACCAUGGCCGACUUCAAGGCCCUGGCCAUCAAGCAGAACGGCACCAACCUUGUGGGAAGCGGCCUCCAGAGCACGGGCGCUGCUGCUGCCGCCCCUUCGACUGUCACCGUCUCUGCAGGAGCCGGCAUGGCUACCCCACCUCCCGCCGCGGCGGCACCUCCAAGCGUUGCCCAAGGCAAUGGCAAGGACGGACAAGGCAUUGCUUGCUCAUGCCAGUGCCUGUGCGGCGUGUCUUCGUUCCCUCAAAACGCCGCCAUCAACAACUUUGGUGGCUUUGCUGGUAUGAUUUCGUAAACGAUCACGGCGAGAUGGGUAAAAGAUUUAAUAGAUUGGUCGACGUGGUAGUAUGGCGGAGGAGAAGAACAAGAAGGAGGAGGGAGAAUUCUCAUGAUGGGUUCCGGGCGAAGAAGCUUCUGGUUGAGCAUCUCCCGGGACCCUUUACACCAUUCAUCAUUUGCUAGGGCGUUCGCAUUAUACCGUAAUCCACCUGC